AUGGAACUUCUUAUGGCAGCAGGCCUUGGGGCCAAAGAACUCUUCACUUACAAUCGGGAAAAUUUCAAGUUUGAUCAAGACCAGCGGAUUGAACGAGAGGCGUUGCGAUUGGAGAUGCAAGUAAAACGCUUUGAAUUAUUCAGAGAGGACGUGCGAGAUUUGGUAGAGCUGACCGUUGACAGGAUGGACGUCUAUCAUUUGGUGGGAGCGCUUUUCUUGGAAUUUUGCAUUGUGCUCUUUUGUGAAGGCCGAGUGCAGGCAUCAGCUCCACCGUUCUUACUGUCGCUGUUCUUGCUGUCCAACGCGUGUGCGUUCAUCUACUUGCUGCUGGCGGUUUGGCUCAGUAUGCACGCUUCGAUUGCAUCGCACAGCUUCGGUGUACGUCUGCUUACCAGAUUUGUCCGCCUGCCGAUCCCCAGCAUGAAACAGAUAGCUGGCCUGAGGAGCACGCUGAAGGACUAUGAACGGCAAGGUGUAGCAAACUUGCUACGUUUGCCCUUCCAGGAUCAGCAAGAAUGGCAGCAGGUGCAUGGGGUAGACGAGGACUCCAAAGGAGAGUCCAAACCUUUGCAGCCUGAGCACGACAUACCGACUGUAUCAGUCAGUGCGCCAAGUGCGCCAAGUGCGCCAAGUGCUCCGAGUUCUUUCGCUCCAAAGAGACCUGAGCGCAGUUCGUCUCCUCAGGUUCGCCACGAGGUCGGGGCGAGAGCCUCCGCCACAACCUUCGGGAAGUCCGCAGAUCAGGCGAAGGGCUCGAGUACCGCUAACCUCCUACAUUCAGGACAAAACCUGCUGCCAGAGCAAGAUGAGACCGUGGUAGGUGGUGAGGAUUUGUUGACAUGUUCUCAAGGGGCGCAACCUGAACGCCAUGUGCAGCUUUUCCGGCAACUUCAGUCAAAAUGGCAGUGCUAUGAUGCAUACUGCCGAGUGUGUAUGGGCCUGGGUGUGAAUCAGAUCCUCCAGGGUUUGAGCUACUACUGUAUCUGUCACACCUUGGUUGAGAACCAUUCGCCCACAACGGGCUAUGCUCUGGUGACACUCUUCCAGAGCACAACCAUUGCUUUGGCAGUGCUGGAUUUGGCGGGGUUGCGGCGACGAGAGAUCCUUGCUGUCCAGGUGGUUGGUAUCAUGCCUUGCUUACUCACUGCGUGGGGUGUUGCACAUGGACACAGAAUGGAGGGAGGAGUCCUAGAUCCAGCUCAGACGUACAUCUUGUCUCCAUUGAGCUUCCUGUGCCAGGUGCUUUGGUUGGAGCUUUGGCUGCGAGUUGCGGCUCCGCAUGGUGACGACCAAGCCAAGCUUCCACGACGCUUCCGCCAGGUUCUCUUUCUUGACGUCUUUGGUGAUUCCACAGGUUGGGAUCCCCAUCAAGAAGGUGACAACAAUUGCGAGGAUGACAUGAUCGAGGGAGAGAUGUUCAAGCAGCUUGGAGUUAAAGAAGAGGACAAGGAAUCGGAUGAAGAGGCCUUGAUUGCAGCAGCGCAGAGAGCAGCUUCGCAGUUGACCAUGGCACAGUGUGGCGUUCGACGUUGGAGUGCAGCUCCCUCUUGGGCCUUGUCACGGCAGCAGCACAAGGAGUUGGAAACCUUACGAGACCAGCUCACGAAUUGGAGUAGCACCAUUUCCACAGAGUUGGAACGCUGCUGCCGCCUCAGAGGGAUUCCUGAAGCCCUUCGAAACAUGGAGAAAGGACUGCGGCCCUGGUCUGAGCUCUCCUCGGAGGAGCAGUCAGCUGACCCAUUUGCGGGCUGUUUGGUGGGACCCUUUGAACAUGACGAUGGCUACAAGACGGCGUGCUACCACUUCGAAAUUGAAACUCAACGAACACUUUUCGAAGAUGCUGCCAAACAGUGUCCUGGCGCGCUGGUCCUCUCUUUACAGGCGGUGUCUGCAUUGCUGAAGGAUUUGGAAGAAUCUGCUCGCACCUUGCUGGAACUUCGCAUCAUGUCUGACCUACGGAUCACCAUGCAGCGACGUCGUCUCCAGAGUGAGCUGAAAUCUUCCAAAAAACCUAAGCGACCAGCUCCGAAAGCGGUGGCACGCCCACCUGCAGCUGACACUUCACGAGCGCCGCUUCAUGGACACUUUCCAAACUUGGUCGCACUUUUCAAGACUCGAUUGCACCAACGACGACUGGACCAUGAGGCCAAUGUCGAGCUGUUGCGCGUGGACUCACCCAGAUCUGUGGACGUUGAGGUGAAUGAGACAGCAUCUGAGUCGAGUCAUAUCUCCAUGGCUGGAGGCAGUGCGGGUUCUGAAAGACAUGAUCCGGAUCACAGUGACCCAACCCUGGUAGCCAUGGCGGGUGCAAAUGCGAGACAUUUUGUCCCCGAGAAGCUUCCAUGGCAGGUCUUGAGAAAUAUCACCCGAGUGCUACAAGUUUGUUGGUUCUGGUCAGGCUUGAUGGCUUUUCUCAAGGAGGUUCACAUAUACCAAGUCGAUUUCCAGCAACACCCUGCUGGGGAGCGAAGGUUAUGUGAAGCUCAAGUUUGGAGCUUCAACAAAGUGGAGAAUGUGGACUGGCCCCAUGGCAGUUUCUUCAGGCCGCAGGGAAUCUUUUGCGCCGGAGACUUCUAUGUGGCUAGUCCUUUCGCCUUGUAUCGUGGAAGACGUGACGCUGACGCGGUGCAGCUGGAGGAGGUGCAGCGAGGUCGGCUGCCGCGCGCCGUGAGCGCCGCCUGUUCACCUGCCGGCAACGGCUCCGAGAAGUCGCAAGACGCGCUGCUUUCGUGUCUCUUUCUGGCCACCACCCAGGAUGGUUUGGAGAUUUGGCCAGCCAAAGGAGCCAAAGGUUCCCGGUCAGGUGAUGGUGCUUCUCUGAGAUUAGCCGAUCGACCGUGGCAGUUGGCGACCGGCAGCACAGUGCCAUGUGCAAAGGUUAUACAGUUGCUUCCUCCAGAUGAGGUCGGUUUGGCAGAAUGGUGCUUGCUGCUGGCAGGCUGGGAUGGUCAGAGUAUUCCUAUUGCAGCGGUGCCUUUGCUCCACGGCGUGUCCAAGCCGCCCACGCAUUCGGUUCGGCCCGGUGAAUCGCUCAGCGAUGCUUAG